AUGAGAUUAUUCUGUACCAAAUUGCGUUUCAAUUCACGAAGCUUCUCGACAUCUCCAAUAAAAAUGGCUACCAAAAGCGUUCUCAUUCUCGGCUCAGGUCCACGUAUCGGCGAAGCUGUCUCUGAAAAGUUUGCGGCAGAAGGAUACAAAGUCGCCAUUGUCUCGAGGAAAGGUACAAACUCAGUCAAUGAGAAGGGCUAUCUUUCUCUCUCGGCCGAUUUUGCCAACACCGAUCCCAGCAUCUUGGCUUCUAUCUUCGACAAAGUCAAGAGCGAAUUCUCAGCGGCUCCUAGCGUAAUCAUAUACAACGCCGGUUCCAUCACUCCUCCACCCGAUGCAGAAUCAGCCUUGUCUAUCCCAAGUGCUCGUGUUACAAACGAUUUGAACGUCAAUGUUGUCACUCCUUUCAUCGCCGCACAAGAAGCUAUCAAAGGCUGGGAGACUCUACCCGCAGAAAGCAAGAAGAUAUUCAUCUACACAGGUAACAUUUGCAAUGUCGCUGUAUUGCCAGUGCCAAUGUUGUUGAACGGUGGUAUGGGAAAGGCAGCCACUGCCUACUGGCUUGGUGUUGCUGAUGGAGCAUAUACAGCCAAGGGUUACCGAUUCAUUUACGCAGACCAGCGCCAAGCCGACGGCAAGAUCGCAGGCCAGGCGGUCAACGGGCCCGCGCAUGCCGAUUUCUAUUCACAAUUGGCGGCGAGCGGUGCGGAAAAUGUUCCAUGGCACGCUACAUUUGUAAAGGACCAAGGUUAUACCAAAUUUUAGAUAUCAAUUGGAUUUUUAGCUAGCGCAUGUAGAAUGGCCAAUUAACAAUAAAAAUAUUUCAUCUUAUGAAUA